AUGCUGCAGCGGGCGGCGAGCAAUGCGUAUUCAUGGUGGUGGGCAAGCCACAUCCGCACCAAACAGUCAAAAUGGCUCGACAACCACCUCCAAGAUAUGGAACACAGGGUUAAGUGCAUGCUCUUGCUCCUUGGGGAGGAGGCUGAUUCCUUUUCAAAGAGAGCAGAGAUGUACUACAAGAGGCGACCUGAGGUGAUCACUCAGGUGGAAGAAGUAUAUCGGGCAUACAGGGCUCUGGCAGACCGGUAUGAUAUCAUGUCAGGGGAGCUGCACAAAGCAAACCACACCAUCGCCACUGCCUUUCCUGACCAGGUCCAGUACGCAAUGCUGGAAGAGGAGGAUGAUAACAUCCCAAAGGCAUUCACCCCAGUUGAUCCACGCAAAAUCCACAAGUCAACUGUUGAUGGAUUGAUGAAGAAGAAAAAGGGAGAACAUGGUGGAUCAAUGGGUGGGGAAGCAAAGAAUAGUACCUCGGCGCCUCCAAUCAACAAGGAGAACGCAGGGGAAGAGAUCAGCAGGCUACAGAAAUCUAUACUCGUCAUGCAGACUGAGAAAGAAUUUAUCAAAAGCUCCUACGAGAGCGGCAUCGCAAAGUACUGGGACCUUGAGAAGGAAAUCAACGAAAUGCAGGAACAGGUUUGCCACUUCCAAGAUAAGUUUGACGAGAGCGCGGUGAUCGAAGACGAUGAAGCCAGAGCCUUGAUGACAGCAACCGCACUCAAGUCCUGUGAAGACACUAUUAUCAAACUGCAAGAACAGCGGAUGGCCUCUGCGGAGCAAGCAGUGGGAGAGUCGGAAAGAGUCAAGGUUUUCAGAGAGAAGCUCGAGGCUAUAAUGAAGAAACAUGGCAAAUCUCUACCGGAUCCUCUGGAUCUGUCUGACAAAAACACACGGAAGAGCCACGGCGAAGAGAUGGAGGAUGUAUACCAUCUGAAACAAGGUGCUAUAGAAACGCAGGCCGUUAUUGACAAGAUCAAGGAACACUUUGAGAAGGACUGCAACAUCUCCAUGGCAGAAGUCACAGAGAGAAUUGAUGAGCUUGUCAACAACGUGGUUGACUUGGAGCUCAUGGUUUCAUCACAAACCUCCCAGAUAGAUCGACUCUGUCGGGAAAACACUGAGCUGGAGAAUUCCCUGAAGAGCCUGGACGACGAGAAUACAGCGGCGGACAGUGGAUCAAGUGAACUGAAUGAGAAGCUCAGACAAGUAGAAGAGGACCUUUUCAGAGUUCAGGCUCUUGAAAGCUCCUUCCACAAGGACGAAAGCACAAUCCGUUCCAAUUUCGUAGAAGCAAUAAGCAGAUUCAGCGAUCUAUCAGACUUGCUGCUAUCGCCGGUUUGUGAGCAAGAGCAACACACUGCAGUUGAGUCGACAGAGCCAGUAUCAUCAAGUGAGCACUGUGAGGACGACGUGAAGCCUCAGCAGAUUGCCGAAGAACCCCACGCCGCUGACAAUAAUGCCGGGCCAGAUGUCAAGCCGGAGGAACCUGAUGGUGAUGCACUUGUUGUGGCGGGCACUACUGAUGAGUCAUCCGGUAGCACCAACAGCAGCAGCGAGCAGCAACAAGUAGACGUCGGACAGGACAAGAGCUCACGUGAGAGGGGUUCAUUGUUGGCACGCCUUCGUCACAUUUCGUCGGACAACCUUGGAGGCGGCUACGAUGGGCAGCCGCAGGAAGAGAUGGGCAGCAAGGUCGUCGUAGAUUCGUCUUCAUCAGCUACUGACAUGAUGAAGCUGCAGGAGAGGCUCGCAGAUAGCCUGGAAGACAAGGAGAAGGUGCUCCUAGGCGAGUACACUUCACUCCUGGAGGACUACAAGGACGCCAAGAGAAGGCUUGCGGAAAUGGAAAAGACGAACCAGGAGUGCCUCAAGGAGAUCCGCUCACUCCGCGAGGAGAUGGCGAGCUCCGCAGGGGAAGGAGGAGCAGGCAGUGAGGGUUCAUGCAGGGGGAUCUACUCCCGCCGGGGUCACAGGAGGACCCCGAGCUACUCGUCUCUCCACCAGAGGCGACCCAGCGUCUCCUCCCUCUCGAGGCUGAUAAGGAUGAGCUCCACCAUCCAGCCGCAUGAAGGGGCCGGUGGCGACCCAGCAGCAGCUGAUCAUCAGCAAGGCGGCGGGGCGCCCUUCAACCUGGAGGACCUGAGGCUGCCGGCUGUUGCUGCGGCGGAGAACGCGUCGCCUCUGGAAGAGAAGUUCAGGAGGGACAUUGACACGCUCCUGGAUGAGAACCUCGAGUUCUGGAUGAAGUUCAGCUCGUCCCUGCAGCGGGUGCAGGAGUUCCAGAGCAAGCACGAGGGCCUGCAGAGGAAGCUGCAGCUGAUCAACAACGAGGAUGCAGCCAAGCAGGACGGCUCGACGGAGAAGCAGCUGAGGGCCUUCAAGACGGAGCUGCAGGUGUGGUCGGAGCAGAACGCGAUGCUGCGCGGGGAGCUCCAGUGCAGGUUCACCUCGCUAUGCGACAUCCAGGAGGAGAUCACGGCGGCGCUGGAGACGGAGGCGGACGCGGCGGCGGCCCAUUUCACGUGGUACCAGGCCGGCAAGUUCCAGGGGGAGGUCCUCAACAUGCAGCAGGAGAACAACAGGGUGUCGGACGAGCUGCAGGCGGGGCUGGACCACGUCAAGGGGCUCCAGGCGGAGGUGGAGCAGGCGCUGGCCAAGCUGCACCGGAGCGUCAGCUUGCCGGCGCAGCCGACGCACGGCGCCGACGACUACGAGGACUCGAGCUCCUCCGCCCAUGGCGGCAACAUGGGGCGCCCGCCGUCCAACAAGUCCAAGGCGGUGCCGCUGCAGUCGUUCCUCUUCCCGACCAAGAACAAGAAGACGUCUCUGCUCGCCCGCGUCACGCCGGUGCUCCAGAAGCAGCAGGCGGAGAUGAAGUUUCUUGUCAAGUUGCCAAGGUAG